CCGAGGAGGCGAAAGUAUUGGGGAGUACAAGAGGAAAGUAGCCUAGAAGAGUGCUAUGAAAGUCUAGCAUCUCCCGCUCUCUUUUAAACUGUUACACAAAGCCUGAUGAGGAUGUCUGUACCCUCUUGUGGUCAGUCCAACCUGGUGCAGAGCCUGGCUGCAUUGCUGAGAAACAAUGGCGACUCUGUUCUGGAUGGUACCAGCACCUUGACUCUGCGGGCCGGCUGCCUUCAACACCUGACCCGCCUCUUCCAGCAGUACAUUCACUCCCGUGCCCAUCAGCAUGGCUUCCUGGCCCUGCCCUCGCACCCGGCAGACACACCCUCCAUGCUUCAAGUACAGUUCCUCUUCGACAUGCUGCAGAAGACCAUUUCACUGAAGCUCAUAAAUCCCUCAGGCUCCAGACUCCAGUCAGUUGUGAAGAUCUUCCCCUUCAAAUCACUCAGAUACUUGGAGCUGAAGCGUAUUCCCCCUCACUGCCUGGAAGGCCUGCGGGCUGUCUACUCCCAGCUCCAGGUGUUCAUCUGCUCCAAAAGCGUCAGCUCUCUGGAGGAGCUCCUGUCUCUGUGCGGGGGGGACCUCAGCUCAGCUCUAACCUGGCUGGAACUGCACACCCUCAACUUCAGCUACAACUCCAUCACCUGCCUGGAUGACUCUCUGGGGUUACUGAACGUGCUGAGGUCCCUGGACCUGAGCCAUAACAAAAUCCAGGACUGUGGCGAGUUUCUGCUGCCGCUCAGCGACCUGCAGCACUUGAACUUGGGCUACAACUUCCUGCAAAGGGUUCCACUUCUGGGAAUGAGCUGCAGAGCCAAACUGGUCAAACUGGUUCUCAGGAAUAACGAGCUGGAGACCAUUAACGGAGUGGAGCACCUGUGCUCUCUGCAGCACCUGGACCUGGCCUAUAACCUGCUGAUGGAACACUCCCAGCUGUCCCCGCUGUUACUGCUGCACAACCUCAAUACGCUCACCCUGGAGGGAAACCCGCUCUACUUCCACAAGACCCACCGUCUCUGCACUGUGCGACACCUCUCCCCGAAGGCAGCCUUCCUCAGACUGAAACUGGACGGCUGCCAGCUGUCAUCGUCUGAGCUAGCAAUCUUGCCGAGGCCCGGGCAGCUGAUUGGCCACACGGCGUCUGCUGUAGCCCCAGCUGCCGUGGCAACGGAGCGGGGGCCCCAGGAUGUGUCCAGUGGGGCAGGGGAGAUGAGUGACAGCCUGUCUCUGAGUGAGCCGGCCGUGACGCGGCUUCACAGGAAGAAAUCCAGGAAUAAGGUGAGAGUAAGGAGAGCCAGCAUCUCUGAGCCUAGUGACACGGAUCAUGAUCUCAGGAAUCAGCCCGCUUUACAGGACAUCGUCCUCCGUCAUCAGAAGGAGAUUGAGAGGAUGGAGAGUUUCCGUGACCAGCUGGGUGAGGACUGGCUGCGCUACCAACACCACCUGGAGGUGGCGCCGGUAACCGUGGAGAAGACAGACCACACGAGCGCCGUGAAUGGCCGCUGUUCCCCUGCCCCUCCCCCGAUCGCGGGCCCACCCUGCACUGUCUCGCAGCCGCCCCAGCUUGAUAACAACACCGCACCCCUGCUCACCUCUGAGCCCAAAGUGGAGGCGUCAGAACCCGAGGCGGAGCCCGAGACGGAGUCCACCCUGCAGUGGCCUGGCCACAGUGCCGAGAACACAGAGUCCACCCUGGACACCAGCCUGGGGGAGCUGCAGGCUCAAGGGAGCAGCGGGACCCUUCCUCAAGAGGAGGAGGAGGAGGAAGACUUGGGAGUGGACAUGUGCCUGCCCCUGCUGGUGGGUGUGCUGUCGGAGGCAGAGGAGGAGCAGGGCGUGAGGAAGGCCCCGUGCCCGCGGUUCCUCCGGGUGAAGCCGGGCCUCGCCCUGGAGGUGGACAUGCAGAGCGGCCGUGUGCUGGCCAGGCUAGAGCUGGACAGCCUGCAAAGGGUCACCACCUCUGAGGCCACAUGGACAGAGAAGCAGGAGGAGAGGUGUGUCCCAGCCCUGGAGCUGCACUUCAGUUACAUCAGCCGCACCCGGCGCAGGCGAUGCUACGCCAUGCUGGAUGACGACCCCCAGCAGGCCCUGCAGGCCCUGGUGGAUGUUCUGUCUCGGGUGGCAGAGGAGAACGAGAGCAGGAACUCCGAAGGCCGGCCGCAGGGCGUGCGUCUGCAGUGCCUGAAGUGUCGCGCCGAGUUUUACCAGCAGGGGGAGCCAGGGCCCCUGAGGCAGAUACCUGGAGAGGGCAUGGAUGGGGAGGAGGAGUACAGCGGUCAGGACGCUGCUGGGAACAUGCUUAUCUGCCCGGAGUGUAGCAGCGAUCAUGUGGUUCAGCUGCCUGGCCAAUCAUAUCCUUCCACCAGUACGCCUGUGCAGUGCUCCUCUGAGGAUGAGGGGGGUCGACGCUUUGCUUUCAACGACACGGACACUCCUAUGCGUCUCAAGGACCCUGCAGUGGGAGGAGCUUCCUUGACAAGCGGCAGCCCCACCUACAUGGGCGAGGCCACAGCGCUGGAGCAGACAGGCACCUUCCUCACGGCCAAGAGCGGCAUCUUCUACAUCGGGGACGGGGACAGCUUGGCCGACGGGAACCUGUCCCAGGCGGUCAGCUUCCACACCCCCGACGGCCCCAGCAGGGAGGAGCUGUCCACAAGCCACAGCUACAGCGCCCCCCAGCCCCCCGGCGCCCCCUUGCGAUACAUGGAGGGCUCCAGCCCUGCCCAAUUCAACCUACUCACAGAGGACUUUGAGGCAGUGGACCAUCGGCUCAAGCUCUUCCUGGACAUGGAGGUGUUCGAGAACAACUCUGAGGAGCUUCACUGCUUCCUCAAGAUGUCCGCAGUGAAGUUCGGGGACCCUGCGGAGUUCCCAUCCCUCCUGGUGGUGUCAGACCAGUCCUUCUACAUCCUGGAGAUUACCAUGGAAAUGCAAGGGCAGCCGUCUGAUUGGUUGCUAAAGAGGGAGAGCCAUCGAAUCUCUGAGCUGUGUUACUUGGAGGUAGGCCUGGGGUCCCAGAGCAUCCACAUGGAAUUCCAGGAUGGGGGCGCUGCCUACACCCUGCUCGUACGGGACAGCGCCCGCUGCAAGCACUUCUUUGGGCUCCUCACGGGAAUCGUGCGAGAACUGGCUCACAAGUCCAACAGUAAACUCAAGUCGAUCUCCACCACCCGGCUGAACCCACAGCACCACCUCUGGCCGCUGCUGUGUGAGACGACCCGGGUGGACGGUGCUGAGGACUGCCAGCCCCAGUUCUUCUAUCUCCUGGCGUUCACACAACAAGGUGACAGCUUGAGCCCGGUGACAGUGCUGGCCACUCAAGAAACGCUGUAUCUGCUCAAUGAGGAUCACCAAUGGUGUAAGAGCUUGCCCGACCCAAUGCCUAAUGAGGACGAGCCAACCAGUGGUGGGAGGGUCACAGUUCAGGAGACGCAACCAAUCAGCUGUGUGAGCUCGGUCCAUCUGUUUGCGAGUGACCCUUGCCGAGUGAACAUCAACGUUUAUGAUGAGAUGGAGAAAGAGGAGAAGACGUGGGCGCUGCGGUCCGAGAGCGCGGAGCUGGUGCAGGCCCUGGUGGACUGGGUCAGAACCCAGUGGGAGGCCAUGUUCGGGGUCAAGCUGAUGACCUGCCUUCAGGAGAUGGGGUCCUGAGCACCUCCCUGCCCACGCUCCCCAGGACACCUGUGCAUUUGUGUCCAGCAUGGUCUCAGCUGAACCAGUAAACGGGGAGCCCUUGUGCACAGCGCCCAACCAUCACUGUUGAUCAGAUUCUGAAGUCCUCAGACUCUCAGUUUCUCUCAGAGCCUCACCUUUGUCUGUCAUUUACUGUUUUCUUUGUUUUUCCACCUGUGCUGAUGCACCUUGAUUCAGGCCAGGUCAGACACAGUGUGGUGGGUUUGAUGGCCAGUGAGAGGGAGGGGUUGAAAUGCAAUGGGGGGGGGGGGAUUUUCCAGCAGUAGUACACUUGCAUUCAGUGUCCAGGAGCAGUGAAAUACUGAGACUUUUCCUCAUUUCCAAAAUGAUAAGGAAGCAGGAGCAGUGUCUGUAACCUCUUCUGUAACAUCAGAGACAGGGUUUGUAUUUCAUUGAUUAAAACUGGUAGCUGUUAUAGUUUAUGAAAGGGAAACUCGAGAUGAACAAACUAACUGCUUGGCAGGAUGAAUCUGUUGUUUCAGUCAGCCUUAUGAAGACCAUCCGCUUGGUUCGUUAAAUGUCCUACAAAAUGUUUUGGGUGUCAUUUGCAAAUACUUUCUUUCUGCUUGAAAGUGUUUUCAGGGUCCUUUUUGGAUGUUUGUUAGAUGACGCUUGUGUUGAUGGUUAUUCAAUAAUGGUAUCUUUUAAGAAUGCACAGAAUACCAAGGAGUUGCAAAGCACUUUCAA